UUACGGUCGAGAGCGUUACAUUAGAUGAGCAUGCUCACUGCAAAAGGGCGUUGUGUUGUACUCGAUACCGAGUCGACCAAGUUGCGGAGUGUGUKUCUGUAGCUACUGUGUUCCUUGUAGAAGCUGUUUUUCCUUUUCUUGUUUCAUCUCAGUUUGCAGAAKUUAGUGCUUCAUCAUGAAUAUGGACGAAGUAAGACGCCACGUUCGAAGUACAGGGCGUCCUUACGAGGAUCCUGAAUUCCCCUGCAUCGAUAAGAGCCUGUUCUUCUCCAGAAGACCUCCACGUCCAUUCGAAUGGAAGCGYCCUUCGGAAUUAAGCAGUGACCCCCAAAUGUUUGUUGGUGGAGCAAGUAGGUUAGACAUUCAACAAGGAAUGCUGGGAGAUUGUUGGCUUCUUGCCGCUAUUUCUGCUCUUACUUGUGAGGAUGAGCUCAUGAAAAGAGUUGUGCCCCAGGAUUAUGUUGCCAACAUGAAUGACCGAAAUUACAUUGGUGCACUCAAGUUCAAUAUUUGGCAGUAUGGAGUGUGGUAUGAAGUGAUCAUUGAUGACCGUCUUCCUACUUACAAUGGAAAACUGGUAUUUGUACACUCUAGUGAAAAGAAUGAGUUUUGGAGUGCACUGCUGGAAAAAGCUUAUGCUAAGUUGAAUGGAAGCUAUGAAGCAUUGAAAGGAGGCCAGACUGGAGAGGCUUUGGAAGAUUUCACUGGUGGUCUUUCAGAGUCAUUUGAUCUUARGAAACCUCCCUCAAAUCUUUUUGAAAUCAUGGAAAAAGCCAUGAAGCGCUCAGCAUUGAUGGGUUGCUCUAUUGCUGCAAAAUCAAAUGAAAUUGAAGCAAAACUCAACAAUGGUUUGGUAAAGGGUCAUGCUUACACAGUGACUGGAGUCAGAAGGGUGAAAGCCAGAACUAGGAGUGGUCAGAUUGAUGUGGAACUAGUCCGUAUCAGGAAUCCCUGGGGUAAUGAAAGGGAAUGGAAAGGAGCRUGGGGAGACCAGUCUUCUGAAUGGAGUCUAUUGACAGAUAGUGAGAAGAGGCAGAUGGGUUUGACCUUUGAUGAUGAUGGAGAGUUUUGGAUGUCAUUUAAUGAUUUUAUCAGUAACUACACAACCCUUGAAAUCUGCAUGUUGGGCGCUGAUAGUGCAGUAGAACAAAGCAAAGUUGCUUUUGAAUCUCGUUCAGAGCAUGGAGCUUGGAAUUCUCGUAUUUCAGCUGGAGGAUGCCGUAACUACAUUGAUACCUUUCACAAAAAUCCACAGUACCGGAUCAAGUUAGAAGACAGCGAUGAUGAUGCAGAUGACCUUUGUACCUUCAUUGUGGCUCUUAUGCAGAAGGACCGUCGUAGGGAAAAAAACAAAGGAAUGCAAAUGUUGACAAUGGGAUUUUCAAUCUACAAGAUUGAUGAUCCAAAAUCAACUGGAUUGUUGGACAAAGAAUUUUUCAUGUACCAUGCAUCAGCUGCACGCUCACCAUCUUUCAUCAACAGCCGUGAGAUUGUUGGAAGAUACCAGCUCCCUCCUGGUGAAUAUGCCAUUAUUCCAUCAACCUUCAAGCCUUAUGAAGAUGGAAAGUUCUUACUAAGGAUAUACUCUGAGAAGCCCCAUCAAACCAGUGAAGUGGACCAAGAAACUAAAUUUGCCACAAGAAGGGACAGAAGGCCUCAGAUCACCAAAGAACAAAACUCCAGCCUUGAUGCCAAGUUCAGAGAGUUCUUUGACUCUCUGUCUGGAGAUGAUGAUGAGAUUGAUGCUUUYGAACUGCAACAACUAUUGACUUCUGCUUUCAAAAGAGAUCUUGAUGAUGGUGAUUUCAGCUUGGAAAGCUCCAGGACUAUCAUUGGCAUGUAUGAUAAAGACUUGAGUGGAAAACUGGGAUUUGAGGAAUUCAAAGAAACAAUGCUACAACUGAAAAAAUGGAAGGCUAUCUUCAAUGCUAAAGAUACAGAUAAUUCUGGUUCCAUGGAUGCCUAUGAACUUCGCACGGCAACAAUUGAUGCAGGUUUCUCCUUGAGUAACAAGAUCCUUACAGCCAUAGCAACCCGCUUUGCCAACAAGAAGGGACAUAUUAGCUUUGAUGACUUUGUCCAGAUCAUGGUUCGCCUUAAUGUUCUCUCGAAUACCUUUGAGAAGCAUGAGAAACAUGGCAAUGCUAGCUUCAGGCUUGAUGAGUUCUUCGUCAGUGGAAUGGUUAUCUAACUUUCUCCGUCAUUCAUUUACUCAUGUUCCUUACRAGCAAUAUGUGUCUCUAAAAGAAGCAGCAAAGUACAAGAUUUUUUCACCAAUACCUAGUUUUCAUUCAAGUUUACUUGUAAUUCCCAAUGAUUUUUGAAAUUAUGUAAUCGUUUUAAAAGUAAAAAUACAUUUUCCUUAAGUAAAUUAUGUAGUGAGAUCCUUGGUAAAAAGUCCAGGUCUGUUCUUAUAAUUAAGAAUUAUUGCUAUGUGCACAUUAUAGAAGUGUAACAACAGUGUAUAAAGGUUUGAUACCCUUUUUACUACUAAUAUAAGACUCUUUGUAUUUUCGUGUAAGUURAGUUUGGUAGUAUUAAAUAAAGAGACACUAAACUUUUUUAAUUUGAGUUUAUUUCUUGAGCCAGGMAACCAAGAUGAUUAUUUUAAAGCAUACAAGUACAGUGAUGUUUAAAAAGGGCACUUACUGGCUGUUUUCACUAGACAUUUAUCAUCGCUGUCAUUAUAAAUCAAACUUUCUUUGUUUGGAAAUUAAAUUCAUUAGUGUCACAACAUAAACCCUGUUAUAUUUCUGUAACUUGCUGUAAAUUGAAAUAAAUUACCUUCACUGGCA